AGGACCAUGUCCGUGCGGCCGCAGGCGUCAGGGACAGGCAACCGGAUGCGGAUCCGCAGUUUUCCGGCUGCGAUGGACGAGAAGUACGUGACGCAAGUGUGGGAGAUGUUGAAGAAGGCCAUACAAGAGAUCCAACGCAAAAAUAACUCUGGACUCAGCUUCGAGGAGUUGUAUAGGAAUGCAUACACCAUGGUGUUGCACAAGUAUGGAGAACGGUUAUACACAGGAUUGAAAGAAGUUGUUGAAGACCAUUUGAGAAACUUCGUUCGGGUGAAGAUAGUUGAAUCUCUGGAUACUGGUAACUUUCUUGAAGUUAUGAAUGAGGCUUGGAAUGAUCACACAACUGCAAUGGUUAUGAUACGUGACAUUCUGAUGUACAUGGAUCGCGUUUAUGUGGAGCAGAACAAAGUCGAGCAAGUUUUUCACUUGGGCCUUGCAAUCUUCCGCGAUCAAGUUCUUUAUCAAGAUAAUAUUCACGCACAUCUGAGGACAACCUUGUUGUCCCUUAUACAGCAGGAACGUCGCGGAGCUGUUGUGAAUUGGACGGGAAUCAAGAGUGCAUGUCAGAUGCUGGUCAACCUUGGCAUUCAUUCACACGAUGUAUACGUGGAUGAAUUCGAAACACCCUUCCUCGUUUCUACUGCUGAAUACUAUCAAAAUCUAAGCAUGUGUUUCUUGGCUUCGAAUAGUGCAACGCUUUAUGUCAAAAAGGUUGAGCAAUGCAUUCGAGAAGAAUCGGAGAGAGCAAAGAAAUAUCUUGAUCCUCAGACGGAGAGCAAAGUACUCGAUGUACUAGAAAAUGUCCUAAUCAAGGACCACAUGCACACAAUCGUUAACAUGGAACAUAGUGGUGUCCAUGUGAUGCUUAGCAAUGACAAGCACAAUCAGCUUGCUUCACUAUAUGGCCUUUUACAAAGAGUGGAAAAUGGCCUAAACGUUAUGGCCGAUGCUGUCAGCAGGUACCUUCGUCAGACCGGCGCUGCUACCGUGAGAGAAGACUGUGAUCGAUCUCCAAUAGUUUUUGUGGAGGACUUACUAGACUUGAAGGAAAGAUUUGACGAAUUCCUUAGAAUGUCAUUCCAACGGGAUAAGAUGUUCAAGAAUAGGAUCCAGACAGAAUUUGAGUCAUUCAUCAAUUUAAAUAAGAACAGUCCAGAAUACUUGUCACUUUACAUGGACGAAAAGCUUCGCAAAGGAUUGAAAUCGGAAAAUGACGAAAAUGCUGAAAAACUGCUCGAUAAAGCCAUGGCUUUGUUCCGUUUCCUACAGGAGAAAGAUGUCUUUGAAAAGUACUACAAACAACAUAUGGCAAGACGUCUGCUGCUUGAUAAGAGUAUUUCGGAUGACAUGGAAAGGAUGAUGAUUAGCAAGCUCAAGACGGAAUGCGGCUGUCAUUUUACGCUCAAGUUGGAGAAUAUGUUCCGCGAUAAAGAGUUAUGGACUACUCAAGCAACAGCUUUCAAGGAUUAUAGCGAGAACUUUUUGCGUGGCGAAAAUAUGGUCGACAUCUCGGUGCGCGUACUGACAGCUGGAAUUUGGCCUACGCAAAGCGUUCCGGUGUGCAUUUUACCUCCAGUUUGUGAGCAUGCGUUCACUAUGUUCAGCAACUUCUAUGUAAAUAAACAUAGCGGCCGCAAACUAACGUUGAAUACUAUGCUGGGAACCGCAGAAGUAAAAGCUAUUUUCUAUGGAAAUAAUGCUGCAGCUCCUGGCACCUCGGACGCUCGAGAAGUUCGAAAGGAAGAGAACAAAAUUCUUAUGGUUAAUACUCAUCAAAUGGUCAUCCUUAUGUGCUUCAACAAUCAGCCUCGACUCACAUUCCAAGCCCUUUCGGAGCAAACAAGUAUAGCCGAAAGGGAGUUGAAGCGAAAUCUGCAAUCAUUGGCAAUGGGCAAACCCACUCAGCGUGUCCUGUGUAGAAAAGGGAAGGGGAAGGACAUAGAUGCCACAGACGAGUUCUCGGUUAACGACAACUUCCAAUCCAAGUUGACCCGUAUCAAGGUUCAAUUGGUGACAUCUAAAGGCGAGUCGGAACCAGAAAAGAAGGAGACCAGAUCCAAGGUGGAGGAUGACAGAAAACCUGAAGUUGAAGCUGCUAUUGUUCGCGUCAUGAAGUCGAGGAAAGUACUCGAUCACAACAACCUCAUAACCGAGGUGACGCAGCAGCUAAAGUAUCGGUUCUUACCGAAUCCAAUCUUGAUCAAGAAGAGAAUAGAGUCUUUGAUCGAAAGAGAUUAUUUGGCGCGGGAUGCUCACGAUCUCAAGCUUUACCACUAUGUUGCAUGAUCUAUGUAAGGUAUUAUCUUGCUUGUGAGCUUCCACUUCAUGAACAUGUACAUUGUAUAGAAAUAAACUAAUCAUACUUACCUUU